AUGCGAUCCUCCUGGCUCUCCACCGCCUCGGCCGUGCUCGUGUGCGCUGCUGCGCUCGCCAACUCGGCCAAGCUCCCCGCCCCCGUCGAGCAGAUCCACUACGACCAGUCGGGCAACCUCGUCUGGAACGAAGAUGCCGACGCGAGUCCCGCCGUCCCUUCGCUCGGCCGUCCCGACUUUUCCGGCCUCAGCCUCAGCGACAUCGCUGCUGCCGCUGCUCCCGCCAAGCAGGCCGCCCAGGACGUCUACGCCGACUCGAUGAAGUACGCCGACGACGUUCUCUCCUGGGCUGAGCACGAGAUCGAGCGCAUCGAGGACAAGGUCCAGGAAGUCGUCGCCGGCACUCACAAGGAGAUCAAGGACUGGAUCCACACCGGCAAGGUCCUCGUCGAUGGCCUCGAGUUCGAGCGCCUCACCCACCCCGCCUUCCCCGAGUACUCGCUCCGCCUCAACGCCAAGUCCGAGUCCUUCUGCGACCAGGACGUCGUCCAGCACAGCGGCUACCUCGACAUCUCGGACUCCAAGCAUCUCUGGUUCAUCUUCUUCGAGUCGCGCAGCAAGCCCAAGUCCGACCCCGUCGUCCUCUGGCUCAACGGCGGUCCCGGCUGCUCCUCCUCCACCGGUCUCCUCUUCGAGCUCGGCCCCUGCCGCGUCACCGACGAGGGCCGCGCCGUCAAGAACAACCCGCACUCGUGGAACAACAACGCAAACCUCCUCUUCCUCGACCAGCCCGUCGACGUCGGUUACUCCUACUCGGACAACGAUUCGGUCAACAACUCACCCGCCGCUGCCGAGGACGUCUACGCCUUCCUCCAGCUCUUCUUCACCAAGUUCCCCGAGUACUCCAAGCUCCCCUUCACCGCCUCGGGCGAGUCGUACGCAGGCACCUACCUGCCCAACAUCGCCUCCACCAUCUACAAGAAGAACAACAACCUCGCUCUCUCCCGCUACGCCAACCCCGAGCUCGCUCCCAAGCACAUCAACCUCGACACCGUCAUGAUCGGCAACGGUCUCAGCUCGCCCCAGUACCAGUUCCCCUCCGUCCCCACCUACGCCUGCGGCGCCGAGAACAAGUAUGCGCUCUUUGACCCUUCCAGCUCCACCUGCGCCACGCUCGAGCAGCAGGCCACCACAUGCAAGUCGCUCAUCGAGUCGUGCCAGAAGUACAACUCGCGCCUCACCUGCACGCCCGCCGCGCUCUACUGCUGGAGCCGCCUCUACGGCCCCGCACAGGAGACCGGCAGGAACCUGUACGAUGUGCGCAAGAAGUGCGACCGCGAGAAGGACGGCCCGCUCUGCUACAAGGACAUGGAGUACAUCGAGACGCUCCUCAACACGCCCAGCAUCAAGAAGAACCUCGGCGUGCCCGAGUCGGUGACCUUCCAGUCGUGCAACAUGAACAUUAACCAGGCCUUCCUCCUCCAGGGCGACUCGAUGCACGACUCGGCCGCCCUCCUGCCCGAGCUCAUCGAGGACGGCAUCCGCGUCCUCAUCUACGCCGGCGAGGCCGACUUCAUGUGCAACUACAUGGGCAACCUCGAGUGGAUGCAGAACCUCCAGACCAGCUACCUCGACGACUUUAACAUUGGCACUGCCCAGGACUGGAUCGUCAACGGCAAGAAGGCCGGCUCCGUACGCAAGGGCGGCAAGGGCGCCGGUUCCGUCGCCUUUGUCAGGGUCGCAGAGGCCGGUCACAUGGUCCCCUACGACCAGCCCGAGAACGCGUUGGACAUGAUCAACAAGUGGCUCGCCAACAAGCCUCUUGCUUGA